CCCACCUUCCUCAAAUAUGCAAACCUAUAGUAAACAGACACCUGGCACACCGAGCGAGCAGCUGGACAACAAUCUCUUUUCCCUGUCAGUCGGCAGGUUAAAGUCACCUUGCAAGGGAAGGGAGGGAGCAGGGCCUGAUCCACUCGGAGCCGUUCCUUGGCAAUUAUUAACCGCAUUCCUGAAAUGCCAGCCUGGUAUGGAAAAAUGCCCCACCGUGCCGAAGGAAGCGGGGUUCAGCCGUCGGAAAUACCUCUGGCUGGCCGGCUGGCCCUCUCCGCCACGGCUUUGCUCUUGCUGAUGUUGGCAUACCGGUAUUUCAAGUCUCGAGUGCCCCCUGGCAGCACCCCAGCCGGGGCUGCCGAUGCCAACGUCGCCGGGGCAGAGCAAAAAGAAUGGCAGGUUUGCAGCCGGAUGGAAAACAAGCGAGCGGCGCUGAGGCACAGAGGAGGCCGGGGCAAGGAGACGGAGCCGUGCCACCCAGGGACCAAUCAGCUGACACAGGUGGGUAGAUGUGGCGGAGCGGCAGAAGAGCGUGGGCAGGCUCGGAUCCCUGCCGGCAGAGAGCUGAGAGAAACUGAGGCAGAAGGGGAACGAGAGGCAGGGGAAGUGAGCCAUCCCGAACCCAGAGUGGAACAAGGGUGGAGGUCAGAAGAGAAGCCUUACAACACCAUCCAGAACUGCCCUAGCAAAACUAGGGCCGAUUCGGACAAUUUAGGAGGUCAUUCCAAAGCUGCUGUAGGUCUACUCAACCGAGAAAGAGAACCCGGUAACGUCCCUGGUUGGGAUGUUGAUCCUGUUGAAGCUGACUCUAGCUGUGCUAAGCCAGUGGAGAAGGAAGUCCAUUCCACGGACGGUUUGAAAAGAGGAGGGGAUCAGCAGCUGGAGAAAAAACCCCAGGCUACCCAUCUUGUGGAGAGGCGGUUUGGCCCCGAGAAGAUCCAGUCCUUCUGUGCCACCAGUGAUAUGGGCUUGGCCAUCAACCACAGCCACGUGCAAUCUCACGUGGCCUAUGCAUUCUCCUCGGUGGCCAAGGUAGAGGUGGAGGAGAACUUCAUCCAGGAGAAGAGACAUUCUGGGAAAGCCGAAGACGCCCAACUGAGAGGCAAAGUCUACAACUACUACGUCCAGUCUACUUCUCACUCCGUCACCAAGGGAACCACCUUUGGGACCAACUUGGAUCUCCAACGAUUCUGCAACCUCUCUACUAGCAACAUACUUAAUGCAUCCAAGAAAUGUGGGGCUGAGGAACCUGUCCGCUCAUCGGCGACCGAAGGUGAAGCCAACAAGCUUGUUUUGGAGAAGGUUCCAGGCACAUCUUCUCAGGUUCUCCUCAGUCCUGAAAAAGAUGCCCAACCUCAGGACCAAAGAGAAGCAUUGGUUGCUGAAGAAGCCAUCUCCUCGAAACCUCUGUUGGCUAGAUGUAGCUUCAUUCGGAAAGAGAGUUUCCGAAGAAUUGUAGAUAAUCCAGAGUUACAGAUGCCGAUGGAAAGUUUUGGUUCUCCAGCCAUUGGACCCUCAGCUGGCCACACCUCACCUCCAGCUCCUCUUCGCUUGGAUUCUACUUCGUCUCUGGUGAGAUCCAUGCAAAAUCUCCCCAGCAGUGGAAGAGAAGAGCCAUCGGUGGAGCUUGUGGCUGGUGCUAAAUUUUUCCAUGUCCCACUGAGCUCAGACUUCUCUCUGGAUGUGCACUUAGAUCUGGGGAACUGCUACCAGGUCUUGUGCAUGGCCAAGAAGCAGAAACUUAAGGAUCUGCAAGAGGCGGUCUACAAGGUCAUGAGUGACAACUAUCUCCAAGUGUUGAAGACCCAGGCCAUCUACCGCCAACUCAACGCUGCAGAGAGAGACUUAAUCCUAGAGAAGAGGAUGAGAGGCAAGAAAUAUUUGAUCGUGGCAGAUAUUGGGUGCCACACAAGUGGACUCUCUUACUACAAUGAUCAGAAGGACACUUGGCAUCCAUUAACCCACAUCCCUGUUGAAGCCAUCUCAAGGGGUUGUGCCAUCUGCAGCAUGUUCAACUACCUCUUUGUAGUAGCUGGCUGUGAAGGGUGUGGAAGGUAUCAGAAACCAUCCAACCGUGUCUUCUGCUACAACCCCUUGACCAACAUCUGGCAGGAGAUCUGUCCGCUCAACCAAGCCAGACCCCACUGUAAGCUGGUGGCACUGGAUGGUUGCCUUUACGCCAUCGGCGGAGAAUGCCUCUACACAGUGGAAAGAUACGACCCACGCCUGGAUCGAUGGACGUUUGCUGCCCCUCUGCCCAACGACACCUUUGCCGUGGCCCACACUGCUACAGUCUGCGACGGGGAGAUCUGUGUGACGGGUGGCACCUUGAGAUACAUGCUGCUGAAGUACGUCGGACGGACGGACACCUGGAAAGUCCGCCUCACUGGAGGAAGCCAGGACAGGACAACUGAGAUGGUGACUGUCAAUGGCUUCAUCUACCGCUUUGACCUCAACCAGAGGAUGGGCAUCAGCGUCUAUCGCUGUAGCGCCAGGGCCAAGCUGUGGUAUGAGUGUGCCACCCACCCAAUGCUCUUCCCAUCUUGCUUCCAGUGCGCUGUGGUUGGAAAUCUUGUCUACUGCGUCAGCCGACAGUUCAUCCUCCGUUUCCUAGCUGACUUGGUGUCUCCACGGUUUGGAAACAAAGAGCUGAACAUUUUCCCUUCCCCAAGGGGGACCCUUAUCCCAGUUACUCUCAUCUUGCCCGAAGGGUACAAAACAUCACAAACAAGGGUUUGAGGGGCCCUGUACCAGCUAUCUUUGGAACAACAAG